GAGAAAUUAACAACAGCGCCGUUCUGGUGUACGUACGCAAUAUUACUUCUAAACUCGAAUAGGAGACCGCAGUUUGUUGUGGUUCGUUGUGUCGUUUGUUUCUUUGUUGUUCGCAUAGAAUCUUGAAACUCAAAAUGCCGAAGAAACAGAAAAGUCACAAUGCCUUUUAUUAUUUUAUGCUAGAAUGGAAAAAGCGUAAUGAAAAGAAUGGUUAUUUUUAUGCAAAUUUAAUGGAAGUUCAACAUGAUCCCGAAUGUAGUGCAGCGUGGAAGAAUUUAUCUCCUUAUGAAAAACAAGUUUAUAUCGAUUUAGCAGUUGAAAAAAAACUUAGACAGACUUAUAAGGAUAAAAGAACUAAUACCGGCGAAUCAAUAAUUCUUGUUAAAGAAAAAGAACGCGAGUUAACAGAAUUUAGGAUACAAAUGCGAAAAUAUGUAACAGAUAUUGUUAAUGAAGGUCUAACGAAUAAUAAAUUGAGCGAAUAUAAAUUUUACUUUUUACACUUUAAUUGGUUAUAUAUUACCCAAGAUAAAAAAAUAUAUGCACCUGUUGAAUAUGCUGUUGGAGUAUUUUCAUUACAAAAUGGUAUUGAAAAAUUUCAUCAUAGACUUAUCAAUAUAAAACCUGAUUUGGGAUAUACUUGGGAAUCUAUAGAAACUAGUCGAAAUAGUCAUAAAAUUCCUCCUGAAUUUCCUGAAGGUGAAAAAGAUUUUUAUAAUUUGUACAUGGAUUUAAUAGAGUUUUUGGAGCCUGAUAUAAUUGGUGAUCAAUAUCCACCAUUUUUUGUGACGAAUAAUAUAAGUAAAGGCGUACCAUCAUUUCUUAAUCAGUUAACUGAAGCUGCAGAUUGCGAAAAUACAUUUACUGUAUAUUCGAUUGAAUUUUUAUAUACUACAUUGCGUAAUGCUACGCUUAGUAAAAAAUGUAAUCCGGAGGAUUUCGUUCCUAUUCCAGAAGCUAUAGGUGAACAAGAAUUUAUGACAGACAAAUAUUCGUUUGAAAGAAAUAUUGAAUGUGAUUAUCAUAAAAAUAUAGAUGGAGGGAGCCAGUUUUGUAGUUUAGCAAUAAUAAAACGAUGGGCAUAUACUAUUUGUGAUUACUGUUGCCACGAGUUAGGAAUUGCAUUAAUUCCUGGUAUUCAUUGCUCUCCUAAUAGAAUGAAAAACAUUUUAUGCGACAAAUUACAGAAUGUUUCAUUGAAUACUAAACAAUACAAUGAUACAAAAUUAUGUCCAUUUGGAAUAAAUCGGGAUAAUAUAAACAAUGUUUCUAAAAAGACAUCAGAAGAAAAAUCAAGGCGCUGUAAGGACGAAAAACCGUUAAAAAUAAUCGACUACGCUAAAAUUAACGAAUCACAGUCUUCUGCUGCCAUUUCUCGUUCUGUUAAAUUUGAGAGACCACUGAGACCUCCAAAUACAAGAAGCUUUGCUGCUGUUACUGCUGGCUCUAGUAAAAAUAUUGAAAAUCAAGAUUUUUCUGAUGUAAACAUUCUAUUAGCCAAAGGAAGAGGAUUGAACAAGAUAUCGAUGAUGACAAAACAUCUAACUGGAAGAGGACACGGAGGCAUUUAAUCAUAAACCAAAGAUAUAUUUUUAUUAAGAGAUAUUUAAAUAUAUUAAUUUUUCUACUUACACGUUAUCUCGGGUAAUAUGUAAUAAUGUCAGUAUUAUUUUUCUAUUAGGAUGAAAAUAAUCAUCCAAUUAACAACAAAAGAGAAAAGAUAUUUAUGGUACGAGUUAGACGUGGUGACGAUUCAUCGAAAAUGUUAUAAAAAAACUAUUCUCUUUUUUUUUUCUCUCAUUUUAUUAUCGAUAUCUAACGUUGGAAAGGUCUUAAAUACUUUUAACUUCGCUGUUUAUGUCAGAACAUUACUAUUAUUAUUAUUACGAAACAAGCAAUAUCAUCGUAAGAUUUUGUAAUACUUACUAUUUUCUCGAAGAAUGUAUCGUUUUCAUUCAACAUUUUUUUUCUGUGAUCUUUUUUCCUAAGAAUAUUGAUAUAUGUAUAUAUAUACGUAUAUAUAUAUAUAUAUAUAUAUAUAUAUAUGUAUGUAUGUACAGACAGAUACCAAAGAGUAC